GUGGCCGACUCGAGCUGCAGCCGUCCAGGGCGACCCGAGCCGCCGCCAGCCUCCUGACUCGAUAGAUCCAGCGCAACUUCUCUCCUCCGCCACAGCGUCGCCGAUUCGGAUGGUGAGACGGGUCUCGGGUAGGUCGCUCUUCGAGGGUGGUUUGGAGGGCCGUCUCGACAGACACGAGGAACGACAUCGGCUCCAUGAACUUAUACCGUCGGCUCCAUCAAUUUACACCGUCGGCUUCAUUAUAUGGCCAUGUCGAACAUUUGCAUCCUCACAUUGCCCUUGCACCUUUACCGGCAAUUCUCGCUCAAUCCGCCGCCGACACAAUCGCCACAAAGACAGCAUCGACCUCGUGAACGAUCUGCUGGAGCGGAUCCGGAUUCCGCUCCGCAUCCAGCGGCUGGACCAGUGCGUCCCCGCAUUAUGGGUCACACUCUUUGAGGGUCUCUUUCAGACUCGACUCAAGGGGAUCGAUCGAUAUUCCACCCAUGGAGGGCGGGGUGCAAGCGACCGGGAGCAACAGGCCCUCCGCGAAGCCAGCAUCAGCAACGUCCGGAUCGUGCUUCGAGAGCUCGGCCAUGGCAUUCUGCAGACAGAGCUGCCCCAUCUGUCGGCCGAAGCCUUGGUGGACUUUGACGUCGAGAGCAUCUUGGAUAUCAUUGAGAUCUUUAGCGAGCUGGCCCGCGUCCUGGAUUCGUCCAGGGCAGACCCGGCAAGUUUACAGGGCGGCUCUGGAUCUUGGACUCUUGCUCCGUCCGAAAUCCCAUCGGACCACCCGAUGGAUCGCAUAUCCUCGUCGCAGUCGCAGUCGCAGCUGCAGUCGUCGCCGUCGUCCUCCUCUGCUGUAUCCGCCCAUACUCAUCCAACCAAGCGCCGACGACCCACCGGAUCGAUGCUGCGCGAAAUUAGCGACGAUGUGGAGCAGUUUGCCGAGGCGCAAAGGGCCUCGAGCCGGUCCGACAGCAGCGGCACCAACGUCGACCUUACUCGGGCCACGCCCCAUAGCAAGAGGCGGCGAAUCCGAUUCGAUAUGAAUGUCCAAGCAUACACCCCACCUGUCCUCCGGCUGGAACCUGACGACUCUCCUCACACCAAGGCGCUGAAACUCCGUCGCACUCGUCUCUACAAGGAGCAUCAAAAGACCCUGGGUGCCUUGGGCCGCAGCCAUCCGGCUGGUCAUGAGCAAUCCGGCAGCGGUGCGCCGCGGACGCCCGAGUUCCGCCCUCCGCUGCAGAUUCGAGAUUUCCGACACAAGCUCGCCAGUCCUUGGAUCGUCGAGAACAAAGGCUCGAGGCAUCCACCCCAAGCAAAAGUUCCCGCGCAGAGUCCGUCGAUCCCCGAGCACAACUUUGGAGUGCUGGAGAGAACUGCGAGACGAGAACUCCCGGGGAUAGCUGUUCCGGAGAGCGUCCAGACAAAAGCAUGGAACGAUCAGAUCCGUCUGUGGGAGCGGGCACUCGACAGCAGGCUCUAUGAAAAGAAAGUCGGUGCGAUCCAGCACGAACGCCUCGACUCUGAACGACAGGCACUGCUUCUCGAGAAACAAAGCCAAGAAACCGCCCGACUGCAACACCUCCACAGAGAAAGGCAGGGGCAGACGGAUGCCAAGACACAGCUCCAAGAACGGCAUCGCAUGAGCAUCAAGAUCGCACACCAACUCGAGCAGGCCCAGGAAGAAAGCGAGAGAUUCAAGCGGCGCACAGCUGCAAAGGCCGAGACGCUUCUCUCUGGUGUCUAUGACCAGUACAUCAAGGCCCAGCGACAGACGAUCCUGGAGGAGCGAAAGUUUGAAAAGGAGCAGCGCAAGGAGCAAGAGCGGCGCGAGCGAGUAACGCGCGAAGCCCAGGAGAAUUAUUAUAGGGGCCAGAUCCAGCUACUGGAGGAGCAGCUCCAAGAACUGAAACGCGAAGAGGAAAUCGUGAGCAAGGCCCAACGCGAGGAAGCCCGGCGACGGACCCGAGAAGCCAAGGAGCGCAUCCGCAUGGAGAACGGCAAGACCAGAGAAAAGCUCCUCGCGGACGCAGAGGAGCGGUUUCUGCGCAAGCUCGAUCAGGAGAGCAUCUUUGGCGAGAAGCUCGGGUUUCGUUUCCGACCAACGCGCACCUGACUUGCCCCUGCUGACCAGGCGGAAGCCAAUGCAGCAUGGAUGUGGAAGGGAGCCUCCGUGGACAGGCGGAACGUGGUGCUCGAAGCAAGCGACUCGGCCGAUGGGUGGUUCGGCAAUGUCACAAAACGAUGGGCUGCCUGCGUGGCCGUGAUCCGAAACAGUAUUGCGAUGCCUCAUGCCACCGCGCCGUGGGAGCCCCGGACACGGACGAGGGAUGCAGGGGGCACCGGCCCGUGAAAGACACCAAGGACAGACAC